CGAGUCUUUCCAGUCUCAGUCUUCAUCAAUGUUAUUUCCAGCAGACUUCACUCCCUUGGCCGACAAAGCCAAGCUCCUCGAAGCCUUCAAAGGCAAGAAACUCGCCGACUUGCCGACUCCUUCGUUUAUUGUCGACAAGUCCCGGUUCAAAACUAAUAGCGAAAAGAUGCUCACCAACGCCCACAAGUUAAAUGCUGAUUUCAGAGCCCAUGUCAAAACUCACAAGACGGUGGAAGGUACACGGUUGCAAUUGGGAUCUUCUGAAUUGACAACCGACAAGAUUGUUGUUUCGACUUUGUUGGAGGCAUGGAGCUUGAUGCCUUUGGUGGAAGAAGGUUUGAUUAAAGAUAUCCUUUUCAGUUUGCCAGUGGUGAAAUCAAGACUUACUGAAUUAAGCCAAUUGGCGGACAAGAUACCAAGUUUACGGGUGAUGUUGGACAAUGCCGACCAAUUGGAUGUUUUGGCUGACUUUAACAAGCAAAAUCCUGGGACUAAGAAGUGGUCUGUAUUUGUCAAAAUCAAUAUGGGCACCAACCGAGCUGGAUUGAUCAACGACUCGGAGUUUUUAGCCACCACCUUAAAGAAGUUGGCGGAAGCUCAUGUUAAGGAAGCGGUGGAAGUUUACGGAUUCUACUGUCAUGCUGGGCACUCCUAUGCAUCUGAUUCUGAAAGCACGGCAAAGAGUUUUUUGUUGGAAGAGAUCAAACACGCCAACAAGGCUGCCAAGGCUGCCAUGAGCAUAGAUCCUAGUCUCCAUUUGCAGAUAUCGGUGGGGGCUACCCCCACUGCCCAUGCUUCUGAGAUAUUGACGGUGGAAGAGUUGGAGGCAGCAGUUGGUGAAAAGUUGUCAGGGAACUUGGAGUUGCACGCCGGUAACUAUCCGUUCUGUGACCUUCAGCAGGUGGCCACUGGCUGUGUGACCCACGACAAUGUCUCGUGCAAGGUCCUUGCUGAGGUGGUAUCUACCUACGAGACAAGAGGAGAUAAAGGUCCAGGUGAGCAGUUGAUUAACGCGGGAGUUAUUGCGUUGGCCCGGGAGUUUGGCCCUUUACCUGGCCAUGGAAGAGUGGUUGAACCCAAGGGAUACGAGAAUUGGAUUGUGGGAAGAUUGAGCCAGGAGCACGGGAUCUUAGUGCCUUUGGACAGCGACGUGGAGACGAAGUUCAUUCCUCACGGAACGAAGAUUUCUGUAUACCCCCAGCAUAGCUGUAUCACUGCUGCGGCGUACCCGUGGUACUACGUGACGGAUGGGGGAGACGUGGUGGAGGACAUCUGGGUUCCUGCCAGGGGAUGGUGAGGCUUUGAGGAUGGUGAUGCGACUUUUGCAGCCAUUUUGCAGCCCUACAUAGUUAGCCUGAUAUAUAGUAUAAUGAUAGCAUUGUCUGGUU